CUAUCCUAACAGAAGAGGGUGUCGCCGACAUGAAGGAGAACUUCACGGCGCUGAUUGGCUCCCAGCUGCCGCUGCCCACGGAGGAACAGCAGACCCGAGCAGCUGAACAGCUGGAGCAAUUCUACUUUGGGGACGAGGGCUUCUCUACAGACGAUAUGCAAGCUGUUGUUGAUCUCUUUUCUGACGUGUACUUCAUACAACCAGCGGACUCCUUCGCUAGGGCCGUGGCGAACUCCAGCAACAUACCAGUUCACUUCUAUUACUUCAGCUACAACGGAACGGGCUCUAUAGAAUACGGUAUGCUGCAUGCCGGGGAAACCGCGUAUCUGUUUCCGAAAGGCAUACUGGGACCAGACACGGACCCUAACUCCAACGAUGGGAAGGUGGCAAGUCAGUUGACAACACUGUGGACCAAUUUCCCCAAAUACGGGAAUCCGGCUCCAUCUGGAAGUCCAGUGAUAUGGGAAAAGUUGACGGCGAAUGCAUCCAACUAUCUGGAUAUGAAACUGGAAUUUGUGACUCGUCAAGACUUCCUUAAGGAACGGAUGGAUUUCUGGAGAGAAAUACUGUCUUCCUGAUGAGUUAUAUGCUAUGAUAUUCUUUGCCAUGUACAACUCAGUGAUAAAUAAACGUUGAUCUGUUAGGUUUAUAAAACAAUAAAUCAUUACAA